GUCCCUGACUGGCUUCCUUCCUCAGAUUUCAAGACUUGUGCUAGGAUCUUCUUCUCAGCCUCUCAUUCCACCAUGCGGAGACCCAAGGUUGUCCUGCUGGGCCAAGAUUAUUUCUGGAUUUCUUGCCUGGUGCUGGCAGGUUUUAUCAGAUUACAGGUAUGCGGUCAAGGGUGGAACCGCCUGAAGCUGACAGUCCUUUCAGAAGACAGAUUGCAAAUGAAGUGGAAGGAAAGCGAAGGAAACACCAGCGGGUACAAAGUUCGUGUUAAGCCAAUGGCAGGUGACUCUGAGCAGGAAGUGAUGCUGAAAACCAAGAUGGCGAAAGCAACGGUGGGCGGGCUGAGUCCCACCAAAGAAUACACUCUACAGAUCUACAUCCUUAACGGAUCCCAGGAGGCCCUCUUUGUCAAGAGGAAAUUUGUGAUUGAAGAACUGAAAAACCACUCCCAGGCCAGAAACCACAGGAAGCAUCCAACCAGUAUGCCGGAGAAAGGAGUAAUCUUACCAGUUGAAGUCACUUUACCAACUCCGGAUGAAACUUCAACUUUGAUAGGAAGAGUUGAGCCAGGGAAGAAAAGGCAAAACACGCCACCUUUUAAACCAGAUGAUUAUAUGCUCAACGCUGAGCCAACGUUGACGCUGCCAACCUUACCGAGCAUAAUAGAGUUUGAAGGGGAUUAUCUGGCCCGAAGGAAAAUGAGCAGCGAGAACUUCAGGAAAGUUUCCCAUUUCCAGUGUGAUACCUCGGCUACCACUGAUAUUAUCCUACUGGUGGAUGGAUCUUGGAGUAUCGGACGCAACAAUUUUGGACUCAUUCGAGAAUUCCUGGCAGCUUUGCUGGCACCUUUCAAUAUUGCUGAGGAUAAGAUCAGAGUAGGCUUGUCCCAGUACAGCAGCGACCCACGGACGGAAUGGGACCUGAAUACGUAUUCUACCUGGGAGCAGGUGUCCGAAGCCAUUCGGAAUUUGCGCUACAAGGGAGGGAACACCUUCACAGGAUUGGCGCUUACUCACGUCCUCGAGCACAACCUGCAGGAAGACGCGGGCGCGAGGCCUGACGCGUCUAAACUCCUCAUCCUUUUGACCGAUGGCAAAUCUCAAGAUGAUGCCAGCCCACCUGCCCAGACCUUGAAGAAUAUGGGAAUCAAGAUAUUUGCUGUGGGGGUGAAAAAUGCCGAUGAAACAGAGCUGCGCCAAGUGGCCUCCGAACCCCUCGAGAUGACGGUCUACAAUGUAGUGGAUUUUCCUUUGCUCCGUUCUCUGGUCGGCCGGCUAACGUGGCUCUUAUGCUCUUGGAUCAAGGAGAAGAACCAGAAGAAUAUAGGGGAUCCAUUGAAAACCAUGCCAGUGAAAUCCGGGGUCCACUUGAGUCCAACCAAUCUCCUAUUAAAAGAAGUUACUUCCAGAAGUAUGCAUCUCAUCUGGAACUCACCACUCAUAACACCUCAGAGAUACAGAGUCGUCUAUUACCCUUCUCGAGGUGGAAUUCCCAAAGAGGUUGUCUUGGAUGGAACCACGUCGAGUGUGGAGCUUCUUAAUUUGACGCCCCAGACGGAAUAUCUGGUUUCAGUCUUCCCUGUUUAUGAGAAUGCUGUGGGAGAUGGUCUCAGAGGCAUCAGUUCAACACUACCUCUGUCUGCGCCCAGAUCUCUCACAACAUCUGAGAUCAGCCACAACAGUAUCAAGCUCACGUGGGAACCAGUUGAAGGGGCCACGCAAUAUCUUAUCCUGUCUUCCUCAACACCCAACGGCGCCGAAGAUGAUACGAAAGAGCUGAAAGUAAAAGACCCGGAAGUCUGGAUCAGGGGCCUGACUCCCAGCACUGAAUACUCGCUAGCAGUUUAUGCCAUGUAUGGAGAAGAUGCUAGCAACCCAGCAAGUAUUCAAGAAACUACUUUGGCCCUGAGCCCUCCAAGAUAUUUGCAUUUCUCCAACAUCAGCCAUAUGUCGGUCCAUGUCAAUUGGGAGGCAGCUUCACAAGCCGUGAAAAGUCACCGAGUUAUGUAUUCCUCCAGCAGAGGAAGCAACGUAGGUGAGAUGGAGGUCCCUGGAAAUGCCUCAUUUGCUGUGCUGAAGCCCCUCUCCUCACUGACCCAAUAUUUUGUCCGCGUGGUCUCCGUUUAUGAUGAAGGCAACUCAUUUCCAACAAUGGGCAAUUUUACGACAUUAAAGGUGCCCCCACCGAGCCAGCUGAAGGUCACCGAACUCUCCAGAAGUGAGGUCCAACUGGAAUGGGAAGCAUCCGUGGCUUCUGAUGUGGUUCUUUACCAGAUCAAAUGGAACGUGCUUGGAGAAGACACAGAAGAGGAGAUAUCCGUUGCUGGAAACUUGGCAUCUUCCAUUUUGCCUGGUUUGAAAGAAAACACUGAAUAUAAAAUAUCCAUCUGGGCGUACUACAAAGACGGAGCUCAAAGUGAUACCGUUUCCAUUUGGCACAGAAUCUCUGCCAAGAACCCACCCACAAAUCUCUAUGUGGAUUCAGAGACCCCCAGCAGCCUUCGGGUUCACUGGACUCCCCCUGAUGCAGCAGUUCAGCACUAUAGGAUCAGCUACAGUCCAGAACGGAGUCACAGCAAGCAGCAGGAAACGAUCACAGUCUCUGGCAGGAUCCAGUCCAUUGUUCUCCAUUCUCUCCUGCCUGCUAGAGUUUAUACAGUGACUGUAAUUGCAGUCUACAUUUCAGGAGAGAGCGACCCUGUAUCUGUCAUUGGCCGGACAGCUACCGUCUUGGCUCGAUUGCCCACCAUGAAAGAAUCCCAAUUCUUCAAAACAGAGGGCUGCCCUUCGCUUCGCUCUGUGGAUGGCCCCACACAAGGUUUUGACAUGAUGGAGGCCUUUGGAUUGAUGGACAAGGAGUAUGCCUCCAUCAAGGGGGUUGCUAUGGAACCUUACAUCUUCUUAGGCACUCGCACCUACACGCUCUACAGAGAUAUCCAACUAACGCGGAAAACAAGUGAGGUAUUACCUUUUGGACUUCCAAUGGAAUACACCAUUACUUUUCUACUCCGCCUUCUACCAGAAAGUCCCCGAGAAGCCUUUUCUAUCUGGCAGAUAACAGAUGAGGACUUCCAACCGCUUCUCAGCGUCAUUCUUGAUCCUCUUAAGAAAUCACUGGUAUAUUUCUAUCGGGACCAUGAAGCCGAUGUAGAAGAGAUCACCUUUGAUCAACAGGAAGUGAAGAAGAUAUUCUAUGGAAGCUUUCAUAAGGUCCAUGUGUCGGUGAGCCAUGGCUGGGUCAGACUCUACGUUGACUGCAAGAAAAUAGGAGAAAAGAUUCUUGGGAAAUCAGAGAUCCUUUCGACGGCAGGCUUUAUCACGCUGGGGAAGCUGACAAGAACACGAGGACCACGAAGUGGAUCAGCCAUGCUCCAGUUGCAGUCACUGCAAAUUGUGUGCAGCACUUCGUGGCCGGAAGAGGACCGAUGUUGUGAGAUACCAGCUUUGAGAGAUGAAGAAGCUUGUCCCAGUUUGCUUCCUUCCUGCAGCUGCACAUCUGACGUUCCAGGACUUCCGGGGCCCCCAGGCCCUCCGGGCAAUCCUGGGCGAAGGGGCAUCCAGGGAGAACAGGGGGAGCCUGGUCCCAAGGGGGAACCAGGUCCUCCGGGCCAAGCUGGACCAAAGGGGCCAGGAGGGCACCAAGGGACCCCCGGUUCACAAGGAUUAACCGUGCAAGGCCCUAUUGGCCCACCCGGUCUUAAGGGUGAUAAAGGGGACAGCGGAAGUCCAGGAAUACAGGGUCUGAUGGGUCCCCAGGGAGCAGCAGGUAAAGACGGCCCUCAAGGAUCAAAGGGUGUUCGAGGACUCGAAGGAGCAGCUGGACCACCAGGACCUCCAGGACCACGGGGAUUCCAAGGUUUAGCAGGGACCUGGGGUAACCCUGGAGACAGAGGCCCCCCAGGAGAAGUCGGACCCACGGGGCUGCCUGGUCCAAAAGGAGAAAGGGGAGAGAAAGGUGAAGCACAGUCCCUAUCUACCAUUUACCACCUGGUAAACCAAGCUUGCGAGCGUCUGAUCCAGUCGCAUGUGUUAAAGUUCGACACGUUUGUUCACGAACAAUCGCGGAAACCUGUCCCCAUCUGGGAGGAGGAACCGAAGGCUGGAGAGCCUGGACCAACCGGUCUCACCGGGUUCCCUGGAGCGAAAGGUGAAAGAGGAGAAAUCGGGAUGCCCGGACUUCCAGGAAGGGAUGGAUAUCCAGGAGAAAGAGGUGUCCCUGGGCCCAAGGGAGAAAAAGGCGCUUUUGGACAAAGGGUGGAAGGUUCUGAAGGACCAAGUGGUCAAGCAGGCCCUCCAGGAGAAAUGGUGGUUGGCCAACAAGGCUCCAAAGGACCUCCAGGUAGUAUUGGUCCAUCUGGAUUUCCUGGGGCUCCUGGCCAGCCUGGAGUUCCUGGUCCUGCAGGUAGAUGUCUUCCUACAGGAUGCCACAGGGAUAGUAGAAGAGAUGCCGGGCUGAUCCCAUGACCAGAGAAAGAGAGACGCUGCUGUGGAUCAAUGUUAUGUUUUCAAUAUUUUUUUAUUACCGCCAUAGCCAAAGUUUCAUUUUCUCUUUUGUAAAUCGCCCUAUUUUUAUCUGCCAGGAUAUGCAUCACUACGUCAUGUGAUUUAUUGCCAAUUGGUAAUUUGUUGGUCAUACAUUCUACUCAGAGGUGGGUUUCAGCAGGUUCUGACCAGUUCUGCAGAACCGGUAGCGGAAAUUUUGAGUAGUUCUGAGAACCGGCAUCUAUUCUCUGCCUCCCGAGUCCCAGCUGAUCUGGAGGAAAUGGAGAUUUUACAAUAUCCUUCCCCCAGGAGUGGGGAGGGAAUGGGGAUUUUGCAAUAUCCUUCUCUGAAGUGGGGUGGGAAUGGAGAUUUUGCAAUAUCUUUCCCCUGCCAUGCCCACCAAGCUACACCAUGCCCGCCACGCCACGCCCACAGAACCGGUAGUAAAAAAUUUUGGAUUUCAUUACUUCUUCACACGUCUGGUUUUUGCCCUCCCCAACUCCCAGGAGCACUCUGCAGGCCUCCAAAACCCCCUGCGCGUCCCGUUAUUGCAAAAAAUAGGCCCAUUUUUGGCAAAAACAGGACACGCUUGGGAGGGGGUGGUUAGGAAGCCAAAAAUGGCUAUAUUCAGUCUAUA